CAGGCCGCAUCGAGCGAGCUGAUGACGCGCACGGACGACAAUUGGUGCAACCGCGAAGAUUAAACGUCCUUCGACUCGUUUUACGACUGAAAGGUCCAAUCAGUAGAACAAUUCCGCGUGCUUCCGCCGCGCGAAGAGCCGUGGAAGAAGUGCUUAGCCGCGCAUUAGCUUUCCCCGCAAAUCCCAAUCAGGGCAUUGGCCCACCAGAACCUAACCCGGUAAGCUGCUCGCGCGGGGUUGUGCAUGGCAAGUGUCAGCGGCGUGAAAGCUGCUUUCGCUCCUCUGUACGCCGCUCUUUUUCUCUUUCCUAUUUCCGAAGCGCAGUCCAAUGUGGAAGUAUGAAUUUCGUUGAUGUACAGCCAAAAUCGUUCCUUGAUUAUGCAUGGACAUCGCCCACGCCUCCGGCGCUGAGUGCCCCGAAACCUUUGAAGACGAGCAGGAAACAGAACCGAUGUUGCGAUCAAUGCCGGCGAGGCAAGCGUGCGUGCGAUGCAGCAAUACUAGAAGACUCUCUGCUGGAUGAGAGCAAAUCGGGGGACCAUCCGAGUGUCUUCCACUAUAGUGAUGUCUACGGACCUUUAGCAGCGUGCGGCAAUUGCGACAAGACAAAGAAGAGCUGUACAUUCGAAUGGCUGCGUUCGCAAAGGGUGUUGCAGGCGACACAACCUCCGCCAAAUCCGGCCCCACCAGUGAAACGUCGCCGGACGAACAGCGGAGCCGUGGUCUCGCUUCGAAACUCCAAUGGAUCAUUAUCGCAAAUUCAAACCGAGAGAGCGACAUGUCAAUCCGAUAACACAGGGAGUGGCCAUUCGACAAGCCCAGCGCAACUAGGAGUGACGUUCGGUGACUUCCCGGGAAUCCCGGUGCCUCAAGUGGACGCAUUUUCAACGCUUGCGCAACGAUCAACGCCUGCUCUGUGGUAUGAUGCUAUCGAAAUCUCCAUGAAAGAGCAUCUUGGACGUUUUAGUGAUGUAUUCGAGGACGAUGGCAGCCCACUGACGUAUGAUUCCGGGCAAGGCUCGUCCCUUGAAACACCCACUAGCGGUCAAGACACAGUGGAAGAAGGAAAGAGCGACGAUGCCAAUUGUAGCGAAGCUGAAUCCAAACUGGAUGGUGCUGUCAUGCGUACAGGACGCAAACGAAGGCGCCGCAGCUCGUCGGCGUCGCUCUCAAAUGGUGCGCUUCCUUGCCCAGCCAUCUCGUUUGCAGCCGAAUUUGUGUCAUCUGCAAACAGAGCAUUUCUGAGAGAGGGGUUACUGAAGAUAUACCAUGACAGCUUUGAGAACGCCCUGUCAUGCUGGCUCACUGAAACGACUUGCCCUUACACCCUGAAAGCAGACAUCUCGUCCGCAAACGAGGGCGGACCCGAUUGGAACCGCAUGUACCAUCGCGUUUUCCGGCUCGAUCUUCUGGCCUCCUCGAUCAGAGGUAGACAGCUUACCUUCCAGGAAGACAAAGUAGUUGGCAAAGCCCUCAACUCGGCAAUAUUCUCCUUUGCCACUCAGUGGGCGCAAUCCUCCCAACGAAGCCAAGCAAAGUAUCCCUACGACCAUAACGGUAAUCCGGGAGCGUUCGCAGGACAAACAGCUGAUACCUCUUGGAACGGCGUGGAAUUUGACAGAACAAUGCAAAUCACUGCUUGGAACGAGGCACGUGUAGCCCUGCAGGAAGCCGGCGAUAUCGAAUCAUUUCGGCUUGUUCUCGCACAGAUCGUGUUCUCUUUAACGCAGCGCCCACAUGAUUCGAAGAGCGGACCUGCAAAGACAGCAGAGGAAGUGGAUCUAUCGAAAGCGACACCAAAUGAAGGGGAAGCCACAAUCGAGGAAUGCGAGGACCUGAUGUCCAAGCUCAACCUCGCGAUCGAUGCCGAAGACCCCCCUGUACAUUUGGAAAAAGGCGUCCGCCUUAUCCACUCGCUGCGUUCACGAAUGACGAUGUGCGCGAGCACGCCACCCCUUAAGCCCCGAACGAACCGACGGGGAAAACAGCAUAAGCCAUCUGCAAGUCGUGUCGAUGCUGCGGAUCGUGCUACAGUCGAUCUGCUGUUCUGGCUUGGAGUUAUGUUCGAUACCUUAUCUUCAGCAAUGCACAAGCGGCCUCUCGUGCUAUCUGACGAAGAUAGCAAUGUAUACGCUACUGAACCAAGAACAGCAGCAGAUCAGAUGCAACGCAAUGUAGGUUCAGUCGUGCCGAGAAGUACCGAUGGCGUUUGGGACCUCCAUCUUUUUGCUCAUCAGCGGAGUCGGCUGCAGCAGGACCUUGUCCGUUGGCCAUGCUCCUUCGAACAGGCUGCUGCUCUUCUGUGCGAUGCAGCUCCGGUGAAAGUUCUCCUUUUCCGCAAAGUCACGCGAAUUCAGACGCUGCUCUCUCGCAGCUGCCGUGGUGAAAGAGUUGAGCAAUCCAUAAAAGCGGCUCUCAGUGUAUGCGAACAUUGGGAGAGGCUGUAUGCUCCGUUCAUCAGGGAUUGCGUCCAGUAUCAUGAUACUUUGCCGCCUCGCAUCCAGUCGUGGUACGUUUGCCUGACUGGGCACUGGCACCUCGCCGCCUUACUUUUGGCAGAUCUUAUCGAAGUCGUAGAUGAUUCCGAUUUCGGCCUUGAGACACAGCAGAUGCUCCGUACUUCGACAGAUUUCGUAGCUUGCUUUCGCAGGAGCAAUUGCCGGGCUCUUUCAAACCUGGCGCGAUCUUCGUGUCCCCGAGAGGAUGCUUCGUUCGCCCAGUCUCGAGACUUUCAUUUCGCUGUCAGUCAGGGAGCUUUAUUGACAGAACCUUGGACUGCUGUGUUGAUUCGUGCAUUUGCUAAAGCUGGAGUGGUUAUGCUUGAGUCCGAGCAUGAUCUGUCCUCAUUCUCAGUUGAUGGUUCUUCAGAGUCGAAAGAAGCGUUUCAGGCAGCAAACAAUUGCGUACAAGCCCUGUGGUACUUGGGGAGAAAGUCGGAUAUGGCAAUGUCGGCGGCGAAGAUCCUAGGGGAUGCCUUGAAACAAAAGCGCGAGGGCGCAGAGGAAAAGUUGAAGCAAAUGAGCUCCUACCUGGAAGUGGAAACUUGGCACGGCUUCGAGCAGCUUGACGACUCCGCUGGUUGGGACUGUUCGAUUUAGUAAAUCAAACCGUAUCCAUUAUAGAUACUUCGAGUAGCUCUUUAUUUGCCAAGUGCGUUAAUUCAGCAAUUUUAGCGUCGCGCCGUUGUUUUUGC